AGGAAGAAGAAGGGGGUGAAGCAAGAGAAAAUAAAGGAAAUAAAUAAAAACGAAAAAAGAACAUCACACGUCAAAAAAAAUGCCCCACAGUAAUCUUCCGAGUCACCUCGCCACAUCAGAGCGAGUGCAGAGUAGUGUGCUAAGCCGAGAGGGGAAUAGCAUUUCCGACUAACGGUGAAAAAGAGAAACAAUAAAGAAAAUAUAAGGAAAUAAAAGCUGUCAAUAUAAUCUCCUUUUCCUUUUAAAAACAAUCCCAAUUAACCAACUCAUAUAUCAAAGGCUUCAUCUUUCAAAAAAGAAAAAAAUAUAUCAAAGGCUUCAAACCCCUCAAAACCCCCCAAAACUACACAAGUCACAAACCAUUAGGUAGACUGAGAAGACAGAUAGAGAGAGAGACAGGAGUAGAAGAGACAGAGAAGCAAGCAAGAGAAAUCCAUGAAAGGAAGAGAUGGAAAAGCUGCUGCACCAACAGAUUUGUUGGUAUGUUUUCCAUCAAGGGCUCAUCUAUCACUUAUGCCUAAACAAAUUUGUAGUUCAGUAAGGGUUCCAGAAGCAGCAAAUAAGAGGUAUAACAGUAAUAAUAAUCAACAUCUUCAAUUAGCUAGGGCUAGUAACAGAUGUGGUGGUCAAGGUAGUCCAUUGUUAUUAGCUAAAGCUAAAGCUAUUGCUAAUAAGAUGGGUGCAUCAGAAAUUGAUGAACCAACUUCACCGAAAGUUACUUGUGCAGGUCAAAUUAAAGUCAGAACUAAAACUGGAAGAGGUUCGUGCAAGAAUUGGCAAACAGUUAUGGAAGAAAUUGAGAGAAUUCACAAGAAAAACUCAUCAACAUCAUCGUCGAAACAUAAGAAUGGUAGUGAUACUAAGAAAUCAACUUGGGGGGAAGCACUUGGUUUUAAGAAAGAUGUAAUGCAAUUCUUGACUUGCUUAAAAGGUUUCAAAGUUGAUUUUAGAUGUUUUGGCAAUUUUCACGGGUCUGGUGUUAUCUCCGACGAUGACGAUGAAGACGAUGAUGAAGAUGUGAACGAAGACGAAGAAAAUGAUGAAGUGCGUAGUGAAUUAGGUAACGAUCAUCUAACCAGAAGUAAGUCAUCAAGAACUGUUUACUCGAAGUGGUUUAUGGUUCUGGAAGAAAAUAAAGAAAAUGGGUUGUUUGAAGAAAACAAAAAUGAAGAGAAAAAUGAUUGUCCAUCAGCACCUCCUCCGAAUGCACUUUUGCUAAUGCGAUGUCGGUCGGCACCCGCGAAAAGUUGGUUAGAAGAGAAAGAAGAAGAAGAAAAACAAAAACAAGAACAGGACCAAGAACAUGAUGAAGAUGAAGAAUCAAAGGAUUAUAACAACAACAAGUUAAAAGUCUUGUUUGAUGAAGAACAGAAAAAAGAGAAUUUGAUAUUGAAGUGUUAUUCUCCAGAUUUCACUAUGGUUUCUUCUGAUGUUGCUAAAGAAACAUGGGUUGUUGGUGGAAUACGAGAUUCAAGAGAUCCAUUGUCAAGAAGCAGAAGCUGGAAGAGAUGAUGAUCCGAACAUUUUGAAUAAUGCAGGGGACAACUGGCAUCUUUCACAAGCAUACAGUCUCUGCCACAAAAAAUGUCUCUUCACGUAUCUACCUACCAUCCCAUCUAUGGUCCAACGAAACAGUUGAAACUAUGCGACGUACGACUCAAAUGAGAGUAGUUUCAUACAUAAUUUACAGUUCAAUGCUCCAGUUUGUGGUCAUGUAAGGUAGAUGGUUCCCAGAAAACAAAAGUCUGAUCAAGGUUUUUGCUUAUUCUCUUAAUUGUGAGUUUGUGAUGCUUUU